GCUCUAGGUGACUGUAAACUAUGUCCACGUUAAAAAGUCCGCGGCCAACGCCGCAGUUCUUCAAAGAAGCACAGACGUUUUCGACAAAGAAGGAGAGAGGCACUCCCCGAGAAGCCCCUCCUCCCAGGCCUCCAGUGAAAAGUUGCCCCCCAGUCAGUAGAAUAUUUCAUCAUAAACAAGUGCAGAGGGCACAGGCAGUCUCUUUCAGAGGAUCUGUUAGUGAUCAUUCUGUGUUGAGUUCUCAUUAUGACCAGGGUAGUAAAGAACUCUUCUUUGACCAGUGUUUUGUAGUGUGCACCAAACUCGGAGCAGGUUCUUUUGGGGAGGUGUUCAAGGUGCAAAGCAAGGAAGAUGGCAAAUACUAUGCAGUGAAAAGAUCAAGAGAACGGUUUAGGGGUGAAUCUGAUAGAAAACGUAAGUUAGAAGAGGUUGCCAAGCAUGAAACUCUGCCAAAACACCCUAACUGUGUAGAAUUUGUCAGAGCUUGGGAAGAAAGGCAACAUCUGUACAUACAAACUGAACUCUGCCAAACAAGUCUGAAUAACUAUGCAGAAAGUCAUCAUGAUAUUCCUGAAUCUCUGGUGUGGAACUAUAUGGUAGACCUGUUAAUGGCUGUAAAACAUCUUCAUGACCAUGACUUAGUACACAUGGAUAUCAAAUCAGAAAACAUUUUCAUUUCAAGUGAUGGAGUUUGCAAGCUUGGAGAUUUUGGUCUUGUUAUAGACCUAAAGAAGAAAGCAGACAUGUCAGAUGCUAUUGAAGGAGAUCCUAAGUACAUGGCCCCUGAGUUAUUAGAGCAGGAAGGAAAGUUUGGAAAGCCAGCAGAUGUUUUUAGUCUAGGCAUCACAAUUUUAGAAUUAACCUGUGACUUAGACCUACCUAGAGGUGGGGAGGGUUGGCACCAACUUAGAACAGGCUGUCUGCCACAAAAACUGCUAAAAGGAAAGUCGCCAGAGUUAAUUCAUAUCAUAAAGUGGAUGAUGGAACCUGAUGACCGACUGCGACCAACUGCUGACCAGCUGCUCUCCCACUCUUAUGUUAGAAAUGUUUGGAAGAGACGGAAAAGGCAACAGAUGUUCAAGAAAUGGGUGGGAUCUGUGCAAUACUUGUAUGAAAAGACACUGGCAUUUUUCUUGUUGCUCUGGUUUUUCUUGAGUUUGCCAUUUGUCAAAAUUUUUAAGACAACAAAACAAACUCCAGUUAAAAUCCACAUUCCUAAACAACACCCCUCUGAAUGGGACCAUAGUUUUUCUGAUGAUGAAAUAUUUGAAGAUAAUAGCAUUAAUCUCCAUGACAACUCUAUGGUUGCUCCCCUGGACACAUCCACCUCCAGUGAUGAUAUGAGUAGAAAUGGAACAUUUGCUAUCCCAAGUCUUCCAGUACGUCCUAAAACAACCCCAAGUGCACGCCACAGGCCUCAGAGGCGGAGCACCCCAAGAACUAGGUCCCCCGUGUGUAAUCUCAAUAACAUUAUAAACAGAUACACUCCAGAGACAAGUCCUAGCAUUGGUUUCAGAAGUGAUGUAUCUGGGACGACACCCCCAAAUACCAACUUUCUGGCAGAUGAAGAAGAUCCAAAACUGAUCAUAGGUCCAAAGAAUUUAAUGCAGAUGUUUGAAGCUGCUUCUGAUGAAGAAGACUGAGGAAUCUUCGCAGUGUUUACAAGAUAAAAAUGUUCACUAGCCAGGAAAUUAACUUUGAAAUGACUCCAACUAGACCAAGAGUGGAAAAUAGAAACUGCUUUAAUGUAAAUAGCCUGACUAUUUAUGUACAUAAAAGAUGAUGCACAUAGUUAAAUUUGCUUGUUGAUCCAUUUUUAUUUGGAAAAAAGAAUUAAGUAUGGCUGAUGUGAAAUAAGAGGAGUUCAAAUUCAAUUGCAUUUAUGAUGAUGAUCAUGUGAUGCAUCUCCACCCAAACAGAAGAGAAGUUGUAAAAGAUGAACAUAAAACCACAAGAUGUGAAACAGUUGAUGUCACAUGAAAGAGAAAACUUAUAGGGAGCCAGUAUGUUGACCAAGUUUGCCAAGAUGUACCACUGGCAAAGAUUUCAAAAUCUGGCAUUCAAGCACAUGCUGUUAUAAGUUUUGACCACAAAAAGGCAUGCAAAUGGUGCUUUUGUUGAGAUUAAAACUAUGUACCCUUUUAUGUACAUAAUACACUUUCUGCAAGAAUGCAUGCCAUUUGCAGAUAAAAUAUGAUAUAACACACU